UUUUGGCCUGUUCAAACCCUCUGUAAGCAGAGAGAAAGCAGCUUAGCUUCAGUCGACUUUGGGCAAUCGUCGCUCAUUCUUCGGUCAUGUCGUUGCGGCAGGUGCUUUUCUUGCUUUUCCUCUGGAGCACAGGGGCUCAGGACAUCCUCACACCGAGCGUGGACAUUAUUGGAGAACUGAGCCGGCUCAGAUCUUUGGAGGAAAAGGUGAAAGCCAUGGAGGCUGAAAUGGCAGAGCUCAAAAGACAGAUGACAGAACAGCCCAAAGUGGCAUUCUCAGCUUCACUCUCAGCUCUGGAAGUUGGUUCUAUGAACAUUGGACCGUAUCAAGAUCAGGUUACUCUGGUGUACCAAAACGCUUUCACAAACAUCGGCAGUGCAUACGACCCAAAUACAGGUAUCUUCACUGCACCAGUCAGAGGAGUUUAUUACUUCAGCUUUGUGGUCUUUAACCCAUAUAACCAUUUGACCGGUCUGAGUCUGAUGAAGAACGGGCAGCACGUGGUCUCUGUGUCGGACAACCCCCCCGGACUGGACACCGAAGACACGGCCAGUAAUGCAGCAUCACUGUUGCUGGAGAAAGGAGACCAGGUGUGCGUCCAGCUCAUGCAGAACCGGAAGGUCUACAGCGACAAAUUUAAACGAAACACCUUCAGCGGUCACCUCCUUUAUGCAAUGUGAACUUCAUUAGUCCAUCAGGUUAAUGCAUGAGGUGCUUCUGGUCCAGCUCAGUCAUGUUUCUAUUAAAUAAUUUAAUAAAUAUACCAAAUAUGGUGUGUUAUUCUACAAUGACUCAUUUAGCUACAUUUUCAGGGCAUUAAAUACAAUUUUAGGCAUUCAAGCCUCUCAAAAUCGAAUUAUCAUGGGGCGGUUUGACUAUCUCUCCAAGUUUAAAUGAACUUUUAACCGUUCUAAUCAUCCAGUUUCUACUCAACGGAGCAGAAUCCUUCUAAUCAAAGUAAUUAUAACAUGUCGUAACACAGAGGACUUCAAAGAUCUUCAACUCACUGAACAGCAUUUCUUCAAAUGCCGUGCUGUGCUGGACCUGACGUCAAAGGACUUUUAUUUUGACAUGCUUUAAAGAAACAGUGGGCAGGAUGUUACAUCAUGAAGAAGACUCUGUAAUUUAUUAUUAUUAUUAUCAUGUAAUUUAUUAAAUGACCCUGUCAAAAUGUAUUAAAUUACAUACUUUUAAAACGGUAA